CGCUCUCUCAGCCUCCUGUGUAUCUAUAUUCUACCCGCAAGCUUUUCCAUUUGUCUUUUCCGUCUCGGGAAAUUAUUGCUCUAAUAUGCCAAUAUAUUCUGGUAAUUCUGGCUUUGGGAUGGAUCUUAGUCUGGCGAUGCGUAUCCCUUUCAGACUGCGCUGCUCCAAGAACGACUAUCGAUCUGGGGAGAAGGGGAAGAAGGGGGAAGGUGAUGAGUUGCCUGUAGAUUGGGACAAGGCUUGGUCAAGCUUCAGGAAGCGGGGAAAGAAAUCAUUUUUCUCACAGUUCAAACUAGACAAAUAUGUCAGCUGGAAUCCACAGCGAUCAGAAUAUCCCUUGUCCGAGGAGUUCGAUCCUAUAAAGAGAACAGAGAGGUCAAAUCUAACGUUAUGGACAAGCCCAAUUUUCACUCUGGUAGGGGCCAUCCUCGUGGUUUCUUUGCUUCUAAUUUACACACUUCAGGCCCCACUGAAGUAGCUACAUUCUGCUUCAUUUCAAAGCUCACAUUCUGAAAAUUUAUUUGCCAUAAAUAUCAUUAGAAGUGUGCAUGCAUAUUGUAUUCAAGCAGUUCAGUACUUUUGUAUAUGUCACUGUUAUUACUUGAAUGUUGAGUAUGUUAUGUUUAGGAAGAUGACCCAUCAUUUUAAAGAUAUAUAUCAACUUGUCAGUGAGAGAUUUAUUGACGAUAUUCUAUGAACUUCAGUUUUUCUAUUUGCA